AUGCCCGCUAAACAACAUGCAGAUUCGUCAUCAUCCGGAGUGUCGUUGCGCACAAGAUGCAAAAAUAUUCCGGUUUUUGUCCAUCUUUUUUCUUUCGCCACCCAAAAAAUCAGUGUUUGUUUGACAAUUCUUGUCUUUACGCGUAAUAUCCUAUCGGUCACUUUUGUCGUUUUGUUGUCAGGUGUUUUGCGUUUCAUUGAUUUUGUUCUACCAAAAACCGUUUUGAUUGAAGAAAAAUAGUUUAUUUAUUUAUUUGAAAUGAAUUGUUUAUUUAUUUACAGGCAGUUGGAAAUCGUCUCAUGUUACGCCGAUUGAAAGCACAAGUGUCGCAGGUCGCCAAUGAGGUAUUUAUUUUUAUAUUUUCAUUUAAUUGUUUAUAUUAUAUAGUUUUUUGAUUGAUCAAUGAAUCGAUUCAAACCAAAGAAGGUUAAAUAUAAAAAUUAUAUAUAUUCGAAAUAAAAUACAAUUUUUCAGCUGGACGGUGUGCUCAAUAACAGUCGCGAUUCUCGAGAUUCCCAGCCAAUUCAAGAUGAAGAAAUCGAGGGUAUGAUAUGUCCGAUUUGUAUGUCCAAUUUUGGAACACCUGAACAACUUUCUGCACAUUUCGAAACCGCGCAUGCUGAGACAAGUGUUACAAAUCCGAAUUAUGAAGCUCCUGCUUCUGCACCUUCGCCAAGCGCUUUUUCUACCAAAGAUCAGGAAAUUGAAGAGCUCCGAACACAAGUGAAAGAAGAAAAACGGUUCGCUGAGCGACUCAAAGAAGAACUCCAUAAUAUUCAAAGUGUGAUAGCGCAAGCAUCCGAUGUUCCAGAAGGAGAAGUGCCAUAUCUUAUGCAACAAAUUCAAGUGCUCACAGCCGAUAAAGCAAUGAGUAAGUAACUUACUCGGGAAAAAAGUAGCAAGACUUUUUGACUUUUAGCCAGCUUGCGACCAUUUUUAGCCAGCUUGCGACCAUUUUUAGCAAGCUUGCUACAAUUUUUAUAAUGGGAAAAAAUGUAGCAAGCUUGUUAAAAAUGGUCGCAAGCUGGCUAAAAGUCUAUUUUUUCGCCAGACUUGCUACUUUUUCUCCGAGUACGUUUGUUUUAUGUUAACUGAAAAUAAAAUGACUGAACACAAAAUUUUAAAAUAGUGUACACGUGUCCAUACGUUAAAAGUGUAUUCAAUUUUUGACCAUUUCUAGUUUUUGCCAGCCUAAUGAAAAAAACAACUUUCCAGUUAUCAAACAAUUUUUGGAAAUCGAAAAGGAGAGUGGCCAACAAAAACGACAACUUGAGCAGGUUCAAGGAGAACGCAAAGAUUUGAUGGGGAAAUUAAAGCAGAUGAGUGGUCAAUUGAGAGAACUCACUGAUUCUUCAGAAGCUUUCAAAAUUGAGAAGGAAAAUCUGGCAAGAGAGUUGAAGACGGCGAAUUCGGAUAUACGAAAAUAUGAGACGGAAGUUACACGGCUUGAGAAAAUGUUGGAUAUGCGACCGUCGGAUGAUGAUGUCAAUGUUCUUAGGACUGAAUUAGUGAAUGCGCAGAAAUUGAUGGAUGAAAUUUCACAACAGAAAGAUAUUGAGAUGAAGGAGCAGAUCUCAGCGAUUAGGAAUUUGAGUAUGGAAAGAGAGAAGUGAGUUUGGUUUUUUGUGAUGGAAAAUUGGGACAGAACCAGCUGAAAAAUAGGCUCAUGAAAAACCAAAAACAAAAACUAGUUUUAAAAUCGAAAGUUUCCGAAAAAUUUGCAUGUGAAUUUGUAAUUUUUCAAAAUUUUUUGAUUAUUUGGUGUACUAAAGGUUUUCAGAAAAAUCCAUAUGGUUCUAGAAAACAAAUUAUUCAAAUUUAGGAAAAUCCCAGUAAGAGCUGUCAAGUAAGUGUUGUGAUGUGCUAGCUUCAAAUUUUCAAAUAUUGUCAAUUCGAUUUUUAGACUUUUGGAAGAGAAUAUGGCCUAGAACAUUAAAAAUGUACAUUUUUAGUACAAUGCUCUAAAAAUUUCGAAUUGAUAAUAUUUUAUUUUCCAAAAAUAAAAUAAAAUUUAAAUUUAGACCAAGUAAAAUACCGGUUAAGUAAGUUCACGCUUUCUUUUCUUUUCUCACAUUUUCGAGUGCUCCAUCUCGCUCCUCCCAACAAAAAGGGUUUUUUUCCAGACAACAUUUGAUGAUUGAAACGAUGCAAAAGAAAAUAGUGGAUCAUGAACAAGGUGCAAAAGGAUCAUCAGAAGAUGUUGAUAGAUUAACACUUGAAAUAUCUGAUUUACAUGAUAAGAUCGAGGAACUUCAAAAAGUUAAUGAAACUUCGAACUCGGAGCUGAAAUUGAAAGAAGAGAGAAUUUUGGAAUUGCAGAGGAGAAUUGAUGAAAAUAUUGAGGAAUUAACGAAAUGUAAGGAGAAUGUGAAAUUGCUUGAAGAAAAAGUAAAGACUUCUGAAAAUUCGAUUAGUGAUGCAAAAUUAUCAAAUGAGAAUAAUGAAUCGAAAUUGACGAGUUUGCAACAGAAAUUGGAAUCAUUGAUUGAAGAAAAACGACGAUUUGAGAGCGAAGUCAGUGGAUUUGAAGAGAAAUCUGUGAAAACAGCUGAAAAUAUCAAAAGUGUAAGUGAUUUUCUUAUUUAUUUUACAUGAAAUUCUAUUAUUUUCAAACAUUUAGCUUGAAAUGGCGAAUAUGGAUUUGACAAAUGAAUUAACAUCAGUUGGCUCUUUGCUCGAUCACGAGAGACAAUUAUUGGCUGCCAAAAAUUCUGAGAUUUCACAAAAGGAUGAAACUAUAAGACAAGUUAAAGAAUCUGUGGCUGAAAGUGAGGGAAGAAUUCAGAAACUCACAAAUGAUUUAGAGAAUUCGAGAGUUCUUAUUGAAAAUUUGACAUCGAAGUUGACAACUUUGGAAGAGAAUUCGAAAGAUCUCAAGGAAAAGAUUAGUCAAGGAGAAGGUGGAGCGAAAAUGGCAAUUGAGCAAUUGGAGCAAGAAAAAGUGAAGUUAAAAGAAGAAAUUGAGAAAGAAAGUGAGAAAUUCAAAAAGGAGAUUGAUGAACGACAAAAAAGAAUUGACGAAUUGGAAAAAAUAAGAAGAGAUGAAGAAGGAAUAAAAACUGAAAAAGAGCAAAAAUGGAAGGAAAAAGAAGAAGAAUUUGUGAGAAGAAUUAAAGAAUCGGAUGAUGAAAUUAAGCGGAAAAAUGAGAAAUUUAUUGAAAUGGAGAAAGAAAUUGAGGAAGAACGACAAAAAGCGACUGAAAGAUUGAUGAAAAUGAAAGAAUUUAUUGGACAAAAAGAGAAGAAUAUUGAAGAAUUGAGGAAAGAAAUUGGUGAUUUGAAUGAAUCGAUGAAUGAAAGAGAAAGAAUUGUGAGGGAAAAAGAUGGACAUUUGGAGGAAAAUCGGAAGAGAAUUGAAGAUGCUAUUGAGAAAUUGAAUGAGGCUGAAAAACGGGCCAGAGAAUUGGUGAGAUUUUCGGAUAAAUUUGAGGAAAACAUUUGUAUUUUCCACUAUAAUUUCAUUUUGAUAUAAAAAAAUCUAAACUUCAAAAAGUUCUAUUUCAUUCUAUCUCAUUUUCUCCCCCAGACUUUCCACUUUUUUCUAAAAAAUUUCAAUUCAAUAUAUUUUUCCAGGAAUCAAAAGUUGCAAACCGUGAUGAUUUGGUUACUGGAAAAGAAAAGGAACUCGCCGAAUUGUCUUCAAAAUUAACCGAAUCCGAAAGUUUUAUAGAACAACUCAAGAUCCAAGUUGAAAAGGUGCGUUUUUUAUUGAGCAUUUGUUUUGCAACCGAAACACACAAUUUUUCCUUGCGUUUUUCUUUCCACGCUUUUUAUUUCAAUUAGUUAGAAAACUUUAUAAUUAUUUACUUAACAUUUACCAGAUUCUCUCGAGAAACCCUUUAAUUCAUUAAUAGUUUGGUCUGGCUUACACUAACCGCUUUUACCUUUUAAAAUCACGAACAUCCAUCUAUUUGUCGCCUUUUUAGUAUGUUGUUCAGGUAUCUGGCGAGAUGAAAGACAAGGAAAUUGAAAUUGAAAAUUUGAACAAAGAGAUUGCGGAUACGGCGAAUCAUUGGAAAACGAAAAAAGAAGAAUAUGAACAGCAUAUUUUGAGGAAUCAAGAGGAAAAUGAGGAAUCGACUAAUUCAUUGAAAAGUUUACAAGAGGAAUUGAGAAACGAAAAAGAGAGUGCGAAUGAAAAUAGAGCACAAUUGCUAAAAAUACAAGGAGAAUUAGAUGAACAAAUUGGAGAGAAUGAGAAAUUGACUAGAAAAUUGGAAGAAAUUGAAGAGGAAUUGAAAAAUGUGAAAAUAACUGGAAAUAGCAAGGAAAAUGAGAAAGAAGAAUUGAGAAAAUCAUACGAGAAUUUGCAAAAUGAAAAAGAAAAAUUGGAUGAGAAAAUUGAGAAACUUGAAGAAAAUGUGAAAUUAAUAAGUGAAAAAUCGAUUGAUGAUUUGAAUAAAUUGGAAGAAGAAAAGGCUGAGAUUCUGAAGACUAUUGAGGAGAAUAUUUCCACGAUUCAGAAUUUGACCCUGCAAAAUGAUCAGAAAGAACAGGUUGGUUGGUUGGACUAUUGAGUUAUGACGUGGCAAAUUUGGGGCUUUAUUAGGCAAAAUUUCUGUUAUCAUUUUUUUCCUAAAUUUGCCACGUCACUGAUGUAAAUUACUGAAAAAAUAGUUCAACUAGAAUUUUCCAGACGAUUUCAAAUCUCAACGAAAAAGUUCGACAAACUUUGGAAGAUUUAUCAGCCAAGGAUACUCUUAUUGAUGGUUUCAAUUCUAGAAUCGUAAGUUACUUUUUUACACGUUUCCCUUUAAACCUCCAAAGUUUCAGGGUGAAUUCGAGAAAACAGUCGCGAAUUCGAUGAGAAAAAUUGAAGAACUUGAAGCUGAGAAAAAUGAAGAAGCUGAAAAAGUUGUGAAAAUCACAUUGAGAGCUGACGAACUUCAGAAAACAUCGAAUGAAUUGGAAGGAUUGAGAAAAGAAAUUGAGGAAAAAACAGAUUUGUUGGAAAAAUCGAAACAAAAGCACAGUCAAUUUGAGACAAUGUUUGGGGAAGUUCAAACUGCUCUUCAAAAAGAAAUCACGGAGAAAACUGAGGAAAUUGAGAAAUUACAUGAGAAAUUAUCGAAAAAUCAAGAGGAUUUGGAAAAGAAAACGAGCGAAUUUGAAGGGAAAUUGGCGUCGAAAGAAAGAGUUAUUGAUUCGUUGGAAGAGGAUUUGAGAGAAUUGAAAUUGUCAGCAAAUGAAUCGGAAAAAGCUGUGGAAGAAAUUGCGAAGAAAAUGCAAGAACUUCAAAUACAACAAAAUGGUUGGCAAGAAGAGAAAGAUGCGUUGAUUGAGAGAUGUUUGAAUGGUGAAAGUGAUUUGGAUUUUGAAAGAGAUCGAGCUAUGGAAAAUAAACGACGAUUUGAUGAUGCACUAUCUGCGAUGCAUGAAUUGGGAAGAGCAAAUCAAUCAUUGCAGGUGACUUGGGCUCGAAUUUUCUGCAAAAGACCAUUUUUCGAUUAAAAAAUGUUCCGUAUUUUUUUACGUUUCAGAAAUAAUUUAUCAAAAAUUUUUGAACACAAUUUUCUGAUUAUUUGAACAUAUUCGUUACCAAAUUUUGAUGAUAAUUUUGAAAAACACUGUUCAAAAACUUUUCUUUACAUCUUCACUCCUAGAAAAAAUUUUGAAUCCAAAAAUCCUCGAAAAACUUACACAUACCACAUUCAGAACCUGAAAAUGCAGGUCGAAAUUUUUUCCACUGGCCAAAAUUCAGAGCGAAAUUUUUUAAAACUGUUCUUUUCCCCUCAUUUUUAGACGAAAUCAGGGCAAAAUUUUUCUGUAUCAGAUUUCGGAACGAGGUAUGAGCUUACAGUAGAAAAAAACAUGAAAAAAAUAUUCCCAAAUUUUUUACGUUUCAGAAAUUAGUUAUCGAACAUUUUUGAUUGAAUUUUCUGCUUAUUUGAACAUAUAUUUCAAACUACAAAAUUUUGAGGAUUAAAGAAAAACACUGUUCAAAAGCUUUUCUAUACAAUUUCUAGAAAAAAUUUUGAACGAAAAAUUUUAAAUCCAAAAAUCCUCGAAAAGGUAAAAUUAGAAUAAACUCGAAAAAAAAUAUUCCCAAAUUUUUUACGUUUCAGAAAUUAGUCAUCAAACAUUUUUGACUGCAUUUUUUGAUUACUUAAACAUAUAGCUUAGUUAAAAAAAACUGCGAGAAUUUUUAAUUCCACUCGUGAUAAAUUUCAAACAAAAAUAUUGAAUUCAGAAAUCCUGGAACACUGCCCAACUUUAAAUUCUUAACAAAUUUCAAAUUUCAGAUGGACAUGGACCGAGUGACAAAUCGAAAAUGGCUCGACGACUCAGCGGCCGUCAAUUGCACAGAUUGUGGAAAAGUGUUCACAUUAACUGUCAGGUAAAUAUACUUUUCUCAGAAUUUCUUCUUCCUCCUCUCAUUUACUGUAAAUUCCGAAACCGUUUCACUUUCAACCCAAUCAGCCUCAUAAAAACCUCGUUAAAGUAAUAUAAGUAUUCCCAAAAAAAAACCAGCCGAACUUUUUUCUCGAUUUUUGCAACAAAUUGUCAUGACCUUAAUCUAUUUUUUUUUGUUUUUCUAGCAAGCGUAAAAUGAGAUAAAGAAAUAAGAUAAGUGAUAAGUUAUGACGUGGAAGGUUUGAUGGAAAACUUUGUUGAUGAUCUUUUUUGUCUAGGGGAAUUUUAUUUUACAGAAAACAUCAUUGCCGAGUUUGCGGUCUGAUUUAUUGCAAUCCCUGCAGCUCAAAAACAGUCAGAAUUCCAAGUGCCAAAAAUCCGGUGCGAGCUUGUAAUCAUUGCUACACUGAACAAGAAAAUCGAUGA